CUGCUAUCGAAUAGUGAACUUGUGCGGUGAAAAGUGUCAUAAUAUAUUUUGUAUCAAAAACAUAUAAGUUAUUUCAAUUAGUAGAAACUGUUUUUAGUGAUGCAUUUUAGGAUAUAUAGAUUACUUUUCUGCGCGUUUCUUCUUGGAUUCGCAUCUGCACAGUCCGAUCUAACAAUUGAUGGUGAUGAUGCAGACCAGUCGAUUGAAGGCAGUGGAAAUGGAGGUGAGGUGACCCAAGACUUGGGUGAACCUAGCGGCUCAGGUAUAGGACCAUACGAUGAUGAGGACACACCCGAACCAAUUCAACCAAGAGACCCAGUGGUACCUUCCGUGAAACCUACGCAUGUUGUGAAACCAGAACUUCCGGUAGAAAAGAGUACAGAACGCACCUCAGACGGAAGUGUUAUAAUGAAUCCAAAAACGGAAGACCGCCAAACAUCUUUCUUUGCGCAACCUGGAAUUUUAGCGGCUGUAAUUGGUGGAGCAGUAGUAGGAUUAUUAUGUGCCAUAUUAGUGGUGAUGUUCAUCGUCUACCGAAUGCGUAAAAAAGAUGAAGGGUCAUACGCUCUAGGCGAACCCAAGCAAUCUCCGACACAGAAUUCAUAUAAUAGAGGAAACAAGGAAUUCUACGCCUGAAAAUAAUACGAUUAGUGUGUAUUAUCGGUAAUGGACUUAACAUGGCAAUUCUCAAGUGACGAUUUAAAAAUUAGCCUGGCGAAAAUUUUAGAGACUAAAUAUUUUCUGCUUUCUAGUGCAGCUUCAAUAUCAUACAUUAACUAAACAAAACAAACUCAAUAAAUAGGCGCACAUCCUAACACACACACACACACACACAACCAUAUGUAUGUAUAUAUAUAUAUGUAUGUAUGUAUGUAUGUAUGUAUACAUAUACAUAUACAUGCUUAUAUGAGCAUAAUUCUUGGAUAAAAAACUAUGAGUCGGUCUAAUCAAUGCCAAAAACUGCCAGCAGUGUAAGUGAACAAUUGUGUAUCUUUGACAUUAAAAAAAAUGUUAACAUGUUAAACCAUCUAAAAAUUAUCAAAUAUGUAUGUAUAUAUUAAAGUAACAAAACACAAUAUGAUACAAAAAAUAAAUGUUUUUCGUCCAUUUUGAUUAAUUUUGAGUGUAUAGUACAAUUAUACUAAAUUUAUUUAUGGUUUAAUUAUUAUCGCUAUAAGUUUCAUUUAUGUCAUUUUGAUAUGAUAUAUAAUUUUUAUUUUAAUCUGACUUUCUAAUAUUUAAUUCUUAAACUACUAUAUACUCAAAUUAUACUUAAACGUACCUAUUUAAUAUAGUAAUAAAUAAUUAAAGUAAUAAAACGAAAAAGUAACCUAGAUAAUAAUAAUAAUAUGUAGUGCAGGAUUUUGCAUAAGCCCUUAUCUUCAACUAAUGGACUGUUUUUAUUGUAAUGAUAAGUUUUAUAUACAAUACUGAUAAAAAUUGCAUUCUGUUAAUCAAAUUUUUUUAUUUAUAAAUGAUUUUAUUAUUAUAUUUAAACGAUAUUAAUUAAUUGUUAAAUUGAUUUUUACCACCAUUCAAAAAAUAGCAGUAAUGUGACAUUAUGCAUAAUAAAUGACAUUCCCAAAUUGAUUAAAAAUGUAGAUUAAAUUACAUGUAAGGGUGUUGAUUAAAUGAUACAAAAAUAUCAGUUGAAUACUACACAAGUUUUAUAUCAUGAAUGCAACAAUUCAUGAAAACGCAUUUGUAUUUUAUUUGAAAUAUUAAAUCCCUAAUUUAUUCAUUAAUUUAACUAACACCCUUCAUAUGUAAAGCUCUGUGACGUCCUGCAUCGAACUGGAAGUUUUAAGAACAAUUGUUUCGAAAAAUUUCCACUUCUCUUUGUCAAUAUUGGCAGCUCCUUAAGUAUAUUAGUCAUUAUCCUUUAUAUUGGUCUACUUUAAUAACUCCAUAACUGGGACUUCUACUUUUAUAUGAGGUUGAAGCUUCAUAUAAAUUUAAAAUCAUAUAUUUACACAGUCCUAAUAUUUAUUAUUUUAUCUCAGUUAUGGUAUUUAGACUGAUUUAAGGGAAUUAACUGACCAUGUUUCGAAUUAUCUCUAAUAUGAAAUAGAGAUUAUUUGAAAAUACUAUUUUGACUAUAAAUAUAAUGAUUUACAAGUGUAAAUUGUUGUGGUUAUUUUAGCAGUGUUAUGUAAUAAUGAAUAACAAUGCAAAGCAUAUUAAUUUAUUUAAUGUAUUUGUUAUUUGGAAAAUAAUUAAUAUCUGAAUCUUAUAUACUUAUUACAAUAACAUUUUUUAUUAAACUUGAGAUUGUAGGUACUUGAAAUUGAAGUGUAUAGUAUUAGAAUAAUGUUGUACAAUCCGGAUGUAAAUAAAUUAAACCCUAAAUUGUC